GGGAAUGGAUGAAAAUAUUAAAAGUGCCCGAUUAUUUUUCUGGUGAUAGGACUAACCAUUUCUAGUUACAGAAAAAAGUUACAGAUUUUUCGGUUGCGUCAUACAUUUUAUAAAAAUAAAAACAUUUUGCUUCACCGCUCGUCCGGCCCAUUACGGCUGUUAACACGUUUGUCAAAGUCUUAAAAAGUUAAGGCUACUUGAAUCUGUGGGGGGCAAUGACAUUGACAGUUGAUUGACAGGUUGUCACCUUCUCGCAAAAUUUAUAACCGUUUGUGCUCUCAUCUGGUGAACUGCUUUCUUUGAUAUAUGUGCGACUUAUCGACUCGUUUCUCCACCCGGACCUCUGAUCUUGCCUGCUUCAACGACGACCUUCGCUUGUGAACCCCGGACCUGAUUUUGAUAGCAAAUUCGACGACCCUUGGCAUUUGAAUUCGGCAAACAUGGAUACCGCUGCUUUUGUUAGAGCAAACUCAUCAAAUUUGCCAAAAGUAGACCCAUAUAUGCUUAUGGAGUUUAUGAAAAAUAGCGACAAACAUAAUGCUGGUGAAAUAAGAGAUGCCAAAGCUUUAUCGUCUUCAAGAGAAUCAUAUGUUGACACUGCUAUCGGCUAUGUCGAAAUAAAACGGACUGGAAAUCUUUGUGAUGUAAGAGCGAAAGUUGUUCCUGAACAAAGAGUAACAAGCAAAUACUAUGUUGUGAUGGUCCACCUAGACGAGGCAAAUGAAUCAAUCAUAGAUACUUCAUGUGACUGUGCAGCGGGGGCUGGUGGGUGUAAACAUACUGUUGUUGUACUACAUUGGCUACAAAAACGAAGUGAUGAACCUUCACCUACCAGUGUCCAAUGCUACUGGACGAAACCCAACCUUAAACGAGCUCUAGAAAGACCGGUAAUGUGUAAAGAUUUGGCGAAAGGAGAAGUAGCCGAAAGGGGGCCAAAGGACCCUCGUGUACUAAAAAGACUGAGAGAAGAAGCAAUGAAACAUGGUUGUGGCAAAAGCCUGCUCAGUGCAUAUGAUCCUGAAAGACCAACUACCAUCAUGUCAAAAUAUUGCAUUUUUGACAUGAUGGUAGAUUUUUUUGAAAAGGAAAAUACUCCAAGUUUCAAUAAGUUUAAAAUAUUUAGCAAAGAAGUAAUGCGAGAAAAUAAAGAAAAAAUCAUGAAAGAAACGGAAGGCCAAGUGAACUCGAAGCUGUGGCAUUCUAUUCGACAAGGCCGAAUCACAGGUUCAAAGAUUUAUGAAGUCGCUCAUUGCAAGACACCCCAGGGCAGUCUUGUUGAAGAAAUAUUAGGAGGAAGCAAAGCACCAGAAACGAAAGCCAUGAAAAGGGGUAAAAUCCUAGAAAAACGAGUACUAAAUAAACUAAGAACUGAUAUAAAUAAAGAAAUAGAAGAAUGUGGAUUUUUGAUAAUAGAUGGAAUUUUUGGAGCAUCGCCUGAUGGCAUUGGAGAUGACUUUGUGGUCGAAAUUAAGUGUCCCAUUUCUGACAAAACUAAAAAAAACUAUAUAAAGAAUGGGCAAAUAAGUUCAUGGGCCAAGUGCAAUUAGAGAUGCUAGCGGCUGGCAAAAAUAAGUGUUUGUUCUGUGUAGCGGACCCAAAAUUUG